AAUAUACCAAACUGUACCUGAUGAAUGUCACAAGAGAAUGGCUUCAUUUGUUUCUGCCGAAUGUAUCCUUCCUAAUCAUCGGUCUGGGCUUGGAUUUGUGCAUGGCCGAGACCGUUCUCUUCGUGUCACUAACAUCUCACAACUUCAAAAUGCUCCUAAAAGCCCAAGGUCUUUCUCCUUUUUGCUUUCUGUGAAAGCUUCAGAAAGUAAGCCACAUGUCGCUGUUAAGAGCAAGGGUCGAUCAUCUUUUUCACAAACAGCUGCUGUGAGGCAUAUGACAGGUUCUGUUACCAGAACCCACGGACUUCGUUUUGCUGUGGUUGUUGCAAGAUUUAAUGAAAUUGUUACCAAACCCCUGUUGGAGGGAGCUUUGGGUACUUUCAAGAAUUAUUCAGUUCAAGAUGAGGACAUUGAUGUUGUGUGGGUACCUGGUAGUUUUGAAAUUGGAGUUGUUGCAGCAAGAUUAGGAAAAUCAGGAAAAUAUCAUGCAAUCCUAUGCAUAGGAGCUGUGAUACGAGGGGACACAACCCAUUAUGAUGCAGUCGCUAAUUCAGCAGCAUCAGGAGUGCUUUCAGCCGGUCUACAUUCAGGUGUUCCAUGCAUAUUUGGUGUCCUUACAUGUGAUAAUAUGGAUCAGGCUCUAAAUCGAGCUGGUGGAAAAUCUGGGAAUAAGGGUGCUGAGGCAGCAUUGACUGCUUUAUUUGUGGUACAGAUUGAGAUGGCAUCUUUGUUCGAGCACCAUCUGAAGUAGUCAGUAUUUUAGCCAAUCUUAUAGAGCUUUUGUUGGAACGGCAUCUAUUCCCGAUUUUCAUCUCCAGACUGCUUUGGUUGGAACGGCAUGCUAUUCCAGAUUUUCAUCUCCAGACUGCUUUUGUUGUAAUUCAAAAUAUAUUCUUAUAUGUUCUCAAACUAUUAAGGCUGUGUUUUGAUAUUUAAUGGUAGGUGGAAUAGAUGGAAUGAAAUGGAAUAAAAUAAAAUAAAAAAAUAUCAUUCUAUUGUCCAGAUA